AUGCAGCAACAAGUUGUCGCAAGCUGCAUUCUGGGUUCUGCUUUUGCGGCCACUGCUCAAACCCCCCUGGUCGCCAGUGUAAGCGGACCGACCGCAGAGAUUCGGUUGCUGCAACCCUCGCGCCGGAUCCUGAGCGUCUCUGCCGCUGCAGCAGUGGGAGAAGCCAUACAAACCGUACAGAUUGACAGCAGUCAUAGGAGCCAGGCAACGAGGCAUGCUGCUUCCGAGUUAGGUUCGCAGCUGACGGCCAGGCCAAAUGGAAGAAUCUCUGAAACGAAGGGAUGGAUUGACCUUGUCCUUUUGACCUACUUCUGCGGCGGCGCGCUCUCGAUUACACGCGCCAUUGUGCUUCUGGCACAGUUGGCCACAUUGGGCUUUCACUGGCAGCCGUUCAUCAUCCCCGCUGCUGCUGGUUUUGCAUUCAUCCCCUUGGGCUGGGCAGGAUACUUGGUUUUCAGCGGACGUGGAACUUGCAGUUAUGCGAAUUCUGCCUUGAACUUCAUCAUCCCAGUCAGCGAUCUACCUGCUUGUGGUGGACGAAGUUACAAUUUCCCUGAAUUUCUGGUCGAGCUCGUGACGCUGUCCGCGCUUUUCUCCUCGAUAUAUGUCGUUUUCCUGAGUAGGUACUUUAAAGCUCAGUUUGCGUGGUACACAGAGCCGAAUGCUUCAUGGCUGCUGCUAGGAUGUAAGUUGCUACGCAUCCUUGGGGUAUCGGCCAUGAUUGGCUUGGUCGGUGUGGCCUGGAUACCAACGCAUUUCUACAAGCUGGUCCAUCGCACAGCCGCUUACGUUUUCUUUCUGGCGAGCAUUUGGAUGCUCUUCCUGUACGGACUGCUGGUAGCCAGCUUGCCAGACAAUUGCCGGCGGCCUUUCCUGCUACCGGCAGCAGUAGGCACCGUGCUGUGGAUUGUGAUGACCAUCUACGGUGUCCAAUUCACUUUCAACUUCUGUGACAAGAUCUGUGGGGGUGGAGAUUUCAGCCAGGAGCCGCGUAGUCUGCAGUUGCAGAAAGAAGAGCUGUCCCUCUAUGAGAAGUACCGUUGGUGUUUGUCCUUGGAAAGCGUCGCUGAAUGGCUCAUCGUCGCUCUGUAUGCCCUUUGGGUACUCUUGGCACCGGCUACCUGGCACAACAUGCAAACUCUUGUGUGCUUGUGCCAAGCAUCGCUCAGCCAGCAUGGCCUGCACAAUGCAUUUCUGAUAUGCCCAGCAGAUGCCAUGUCAGAACAGGGCUUGAAGAUUGGCAUCGACGAGGGAAGCCGUGUGGUGGUCCUGAAUGGUCGGCACUUUCCGUCGUUCGGGGCAGGAGAUCAAGGUCGAGUGCUGCAGGUCGACAAGGAGGCCCUCAAUUGCGAUGUGCUUUUCGACGGCAGUUCGCGGCCAAUCCCUGUUGCGCUUCGGCAUCUCAGGUUGAUGAAGUCAGGUGGCAGUGGCUCGCGGGGACUGCCGAUAAGCCGUGCCUUAGACUUCCAGGAAGGCGAUGGGGCCAAGAGCGUGUCGGCUGAGAUACGCGAUAUUCGUGGACGAGCCGAAUCCCGGGCACUGUCUGCAAGCCCAAGGCGUUCUGUCAGCAUCUCCGUGGCGGAGCCGGUCUCAGCGGAUGCCAGCCGAGCCCGGGACGCUCGUCCACCCUUCCUGCACUCCAUGGACCAGCGGCUGCAAGCAUGUGAGGCUGCCUUGGAUGGCUCCAAACGCAUGAAUUACAGAAUCGUAAAACCAGGGGAGGAUGACAUGGUGCGAGGCGGUGACAUGAGUCUGCUCGAGGAUCGGAUCUCACGGCUUGAGAUUCGCAUCAAAGAUGAGGUAGAUGUCCUGACGAAGCGGCUACAGCAAGCGACGUCGUUUGGCCAAUCGUGGGAGUCUCGAGCGAAAGCCUUGGAAAGACACAUCAAGGGUCUGGGUCAUGUGCCUCCGAGUCCAGCGCCCUCGUCUUGCUCGGGUCUCUCCGCACGUGGAUCCGCUCCGCUUUACUUAUCAGCGGCCAUCCCGCAGCACCGGCUGUCCGCCACGCCCCCAGACAAGAGCACCAUGAAUGCCGUGCCUCGAAUGCCUCCAACUCCUUCCACCGGACCCUGUGUCAGCCGAGCGGAACCGCCGCCUGACAGCUGCUCCACGCGCGGCUCCGCGGCGAUGAUCCCUGAUUCCCGGCUCCGCAUCAGAUGCGGUCCAGGCAGUGGAAAUGGCUAUGGCCACUCGGAGAACAGCAGAAGCUCGGCUUGCGGAUGGCGGCUUGCAGCAAAGUGGCCGCAGGUCGACCUCGAACCCAGCGAAUGGCGCGAAGAGGAGGCCACGACCCACGCCGAGAUGUACGAGGUCACGCCAGAGUACGUGAACCUGCUUACUGCUCCGACAGAAAGCUACCUGUGUGAGUUGGAGCACAACAUCUACAACCUUCAGUUUGUUGAUUUCAGGAUCCGGUCGUUGGACGACGGCAACGAAGGGGUGCUUUUUGAUCUUGGUGCUGGCGACCGUCCGUCUCCGAUUCCACCAGAGCUUAGCGAGAACGCCGGCCGGUUUAUCCGCUACCAUUUCGGUCCCCAGUUCCUCGAUAUCCAGACCAUUGGUACAACUCUUGAGUUCACCAAUGGUGACUAUGAGGUGCAAAACUUCCGAAUGAUCGAGCGACAUUAUUUUCGCGAUCAAUUGAUUACUAGCUAUGACUUCACCAUGCCCUUCGUAAUCCCGAACACCAGGAAUACUUGGGAGAUGAUUUAUACCAAACCGGAGCUCAGCGACGAGUGGAAGGAAGCACUGAUCAGCAGCCCCUGGGAAGUUCGAUCUGAUAGCUUCUACUUUGUCGACGGGCGCCUCGUGAUGCACAACCGUGCAGAAUACAACUACGGGUAUUGA